AUGGUAAGAGGCAGGAAGUCAAAGGCAGCCACGGCUUCUCAAAACGACAACACGGUUGCGUCCAGACUUCGUUCUCGAACAGUACCAGCAAAUGGUGAAGAUGAAUCGACACCCCCUGCUGAUCCCACUCAGCAAGUCAAGAACAUUUCACGAGUUCCUCAACCUGAGGCGUUUGAACGUGAUGCCACACGUAUGCAGAUCCAGAUGACAUGUAGCUAUAUUGGCAAGCUCAUCAAGGAAAGAGGAUCAAGAAGAGCCUGUCUAGGCCUACUCAACAAACUCGACGACAUGUUGGCCACUGUCGAAAGACUCAAUUUAUUGGUGGUAGACCCGUCCGACGCCGAUGAAUUCGCGAAGCAAGCUCAAAUUCAAAUCGAUCUGUUCACACUUAUCGAGUCGAAGAAAGAAGACGUUGACGCUUAUGUCACUCUAAGAGCUGAUGACGAAUCUUCUGUCGGGUCCUGCAUGCAGUCAAUCAAAGGCGUACCACUGGUGACUCACCCCUCUGCCUCGACAGUUGGAGAGUGGAUGUGCAAGAGAGCUGCAGCAUAUCAAAAUGCUUAUAGCCUGGCAGCGGAGAAAAUUUUGCCGUCUGGUGAGAACAAGUUUCCUCGUGGCCCCUCUGCACCCGACAAAAAUGAAGUGACUCAGUCGGAGAAAUUGCUUGCUGAAGCGCAGAAAAGAGCAGCGGAGGCCCAACAGGAAGCUGCCCAGCUGAAAAAACGACUCGAAGAAGUAAAUAAGAAAGCUGAUUUGGCAAAUAAGGAAGCAAGCAAACUAUCCGAUGCUGCCAUGCGACGCGGUUCAGCACCAACCAUCAUCAGCAACCCAUUCCACGGUUGGGGAGACGGAGCGUUCGACGAUUGGCACCGCCGUUCUACUCACGAACCGACCAAAGAGGAUGGAGAUGAAGAAGCACCAGACGACUGGAUCGACCGGUACUGCAACGGCCUAGAAGAAGCCAAUUGGUCAUAUUCUAGCAAAUCGGCAGCACGCGGGGAGCUUCCCAUCUACUCUGGAAGGGCAACCGAUUGGUUUUGGUGGUCGGAUUUGCUACGUUCGAUGGUUCAUGAUCAACGAAUCGCACCUGGAGAAAAGCUUGCUGUCUUGAAGAGCCGACUACGGGGAGAUCAAUUCGAAAUCGUGCAGGGCCUUGGCGGAGGAGAAUCUGCUUAUAAGGCCGCUUUAUUCCGACUGAAGCAGUCGGCUGGACGUCGCGACGUAAUGCGUAUAGCACUACUCGGUGAACUCGACCGUAUGGAGCUGGGCAGAGAAAACUCAUCAUUCCGUCGCUUUGCCGAAAGAGCUCGAACCAUCUUCUUUGAUUUAACCCGAAUUGGGGAGAAAUUUAAUGCCGACCUCAUUGAACGACUGAGCCGUAAAUUGCAUCCGGCGGAUCGACUCGAAUGGAAUUCCGGACGACGUACUGGAUUAGAACGGCGCCCUCUGAAGGAAUUUGGAGAGUGGAUGUGCGAGAGAGCUGCAGCAUACCAAAAUGCUUACAGUCUGGCAGCGGAGCAAAUUUUGCCGUCUGGUGAAAACAAGUUUCCUCGUCGCCAACAAUUGCCAACAUCAGGACGCGCCAAUCACGUUAGCUUGGAGCCCUGCACUACCGACAAACCGAAGAGUCGCUGCUUUUGUUGUGAGGGGGAGCACCGGUUGAUGGCUUGCCCAACAUUCAAAGAAAUGCCUACGAAAGAGAAGGUACGAUUUUGCGUCAAGCGCCGCUUAUGCAUGAAAUGUUUCGGGACGAGACACUCUGCAGCCGAUUGCAAAUUCGGAAAAGGUUGUGGAUUCAGCGGAUGCCCUUUUAUUCAUCACCCAUUGCUUCAUGAUGCCAAAGAGAAGCACGACAAAGGUAGCAGCCAUCACACAUCACUCUCAGCCCAGGUGGAUCGCGUCAAGGUGGCGCUAGGCGUUAUCCGGAUGGAAGCUUACACAGCCGAAGGCCAGCUCAUCCCAGUAUCGGUGCUGAUAGACGAGGGCAGCGACACGACGUUGUUUCGAGAGGAUUUUCUUCAACGGCUUAAGAUCAUCGGGAAAGGUACUACUCUAGAUCUUGUAGGAGUUACCGGCGCCGAAUGCUACAAAUCGCAGAAGGCCCCAGUUCGAUUUCUUUUACCGGACGGGAAGGAAGCCGUCAUAAAAGGAACUACGAUCCCGCAGAUAUCUAGGCCGACUCCGGUAAUCGACUGGAGAAAAUUGAAAAAUCGAUGGCCACAUUUAGCUGACGUCCCAGUGCAAGAGAGUGGCAGAAAAAUCGACGUCUUGGUGGGACUCGAUCACUCAAAUCUACUUGCAGUAUUGGAAUCGCGCGUUGGAGGCGAACACGAACCUUUCGCAUCUCGCACUAGACUCGGUUGGGUCGUCCGUGGCCUGCUUGGGAGUGACAUCGGUCCGAUGACAACGGCCCACAUCCAUCACAUCUCAACAGCAUCCGAGUCCUCGCUCGAUGAAGAGUUCCAGAAAUUUUGUACAACCGAAAAUUUCGGUACUGAAUUCAAAGGAAACGGCCUCUCAGAAUCAGACAUAAUCGCCGAAAAGAUCGUGGAUGAAGGCCUGAAGAAACUAGACAUUGGGUAUGAAACCCCACUCACGUGGCUCGAAGGAGAGCCGACAUUUGAAAAUAACAGGACGCUGGCGGAGCAUCGUUGGCAAGACCUGAAGGAACGAUUCAAGAGAGAUCCAGAUUUCGAGGCUGAUUACAGAGCCGCGAUCAAGAAAUACGUCGACGAAGGCUAUGCAUCGAGAGUAAAAGAGGAAGAUUUAUACUCGAACAACCAGUACUACUUGCCGCAUCACGGUGUCUACAAGAAAGUGUAUGGUAAGAAGAAGAAGAAGCUUCGAGUCGUCUUCGAUGCCGCUGCCAAAUGGAAGAAGAAAUGCCUCAACGACGGAAUGCGACAGGGUCGAAAAUUGCAGAACGACUUAGCCAAGGUCCUCAUUCGAUUCCAGCUGGGGGAGAUUGCCUUUGCAGCAGACGUGACCGCCAUGUACAGCAGGAUUCGACUUCGACCACAAGAUGCCCGCUUUCAUCAGCCGCUUCAGAUGCCACUAGAGGGAGAGAAGAAUGUAUGGAAGCAGUAG